UAUACCAUGAGAAUGCGUUUGACAGCGUCGAGACUAAUGCCAUACUGUCAGCGCUCAUCGAGCAAGGGGUGGACUCAUUUUACAUGAGGACGUUGGACGACUGCUGCAGGAAUUGGGCUGCAACGGCACAGCUUUUCCUCCUCCCCUUAACAUACCAAUUACGAAGGGGGUUCGACAAGGCGACACCGUGUCGCCAAAGCUGUUUACCGCCGAGUUGCAGUGGGUGAUGAAAUCACUACUGAAACGGGAAAGCGGAGACGAUGUUGAAGGAACUUUCUCAAACCUUCGUUUUACGGACGACAUUGUUCUCUUCUCGAAAAGUAUCACUGAAGCGGAGACGAUGUUGAAGGAACUAGGAAGUAGGGAAGCGGAUAGGACUGCGAAUCAACCGGAAGAAGACUCAGUUCAUGAAGAAUGCCUUUUGCGAAAAGUAGGGAAGCGGAUAGGACUGCGAAUCAACCGGAAGAAGACUCAGUUCGAAGAACGCUAUUUGCGAGGAUCAGGAAAUGGAAUUAAAAGGCUCUACAAGAGACGUCGUUCAAUGAACAUGAGAACGAUCUGA